AUGAUUCGGAAAUUCGGAACGCUGUUCCUUCUAUUCCUGACGACCGUCUCUGGCAACAGACCCCUUGACUUUCUCAAGCUCAAAGCCGAAUUCAUCGAAACUGGGAUUAAUUGGGAGGCAAAGCCUUGCGAUGACUUUUGGAGCUUUGCAAAUGGAAGGCGAGACAUACAGCAACUCAAAAACUUGGCGGUGACUUUUGCGACACAGGUCUUGUUUACUUAUAACCCGAAGCAUAAUGUAAGCGGUUGCUGUCAGUUCCAAACGUGUUUCAGGACACCUCGCUCGAGCUGAUCAGAAAUCAAUUUCUCGAAUGUCAAAGCGACCCACUCUCGUUCUUCAAUGCUCUGCAAAGAGAGAAUCCCGAACAGGAGGACGAAAUAAUGGAGUUUGGUAGUAAAAUCCAAGACGAGAAAGCCGUCUCCGACUCGGAGACGUUCCGCGGCUUACUAGCGGAAGCAUACCGACUGUUAUUCCGCUAUGGGAGCGUAGAAUUUAAGGACCUUUCCAAUGACCUAUAUGCUACAGAUGAAUUGAAAUUUCCUUUUGAGUUUGAGCAUUCAGACACUCAAUACCAAGCUAGCGUAAUUGAUCUGUUAACAAGCUUUAACGAUUCGUAUGUUGACGAGUUUCUGGCCGAGGUUUUCGGCGAGUACUUUGACUUAACGCAGUUGGAAAAAGUCAGUCUUCCAUUACCAAAUAGCACAGAGGUAGGGUUCGAUAGGUCGAGUAACGAGCGCGUCUUUAGAUACCACUUCGCAAAAAGCUACUUUACGAUCUCUCGGUCGCUGCAUGGAAAACCAUGGACACCCCGAUAUACAAAAAUUGCGCCGACUUUAUCAUGAAAACGUACCCCGCGUAUUACGUGAAAAUGCUGCUGGACUACCUAGGAGCCGAAUAUGUUGCAACCGUCGAGAAGGUAUUUCAAAGCGACGCAGCGCUGCUGAUGAAAACUGUCAGGAACCAAUUCGCGUUCGGGAAUGUUCUGAAUGAGAACAUGACUGAAUUUCUGGAACGUAGGGUAUCAAACAACACAUUUUAUGGCCUUCAAACCCCUGCCUUGUUAGAUCCCACUUUCUUUACCAUCUUCGGGCAGGUAGCUACCGAAUGGCCCGUUCAAAAUAAGUGGAUUAACAACUUGCAGCCACUUAUCCCAGCUGCAUAUGGCAAAGAUACCACAUACUUUUGGAUACCAGGCCUUGAUGUAAGACUCGUCAAAAAAGACCGGCCGGCAUUUUAAUUAAUAAAUUUUUAGGAUAAUGCUCUUCAUAUUCCCGAAACUCAACGAACGUUCGUGAAUGUCGAGAACCUCAAACACCCGCUAUUCCAUCCAUGGUUCCCGCCGGUGCUGCGCUGGUCUGUUGCUUCAAGCGUUCUGGGACAUGAGUUUGGGCAUGAUUUUGGUAACCAUUAGUAUAGCAUAUGUUGUCUUUAAAUCCAAUAAUCUUGAAAAGGACGAAGAAUUGCAUUCCCAACUUCUUCAGGCACCGAUCUGGCGCAAAUGACACAACUCGAUUCCGCCUACGAACAAAUAUUUGAUUGUUUGGAUGGCUUUUACGCCGGACAAUGUGACCCUUUGGAUCCAGGCUUUUGCGCUGAUCCCAAAAACAACCUCGAAGAGAAUUUUGCGGACGUCUUUGGCAUUCAAAUGACAUACCUGGCCUAUAAACAGGACACCGCAAUAAACGGAGCCGGCAGACGGCUUCAAGGAAACUUCGUGGAGAAACUGACCGACGACCAACUGUUCUUUGUCAACUUCGCACAGUCAAUUGCUACGUUUGCACUGUGGGGUGAAGUACCAUUGGAAGAUCCUCAUGCACCGGGGUCCCUUCGUUUAUGGGGACCGUUGGCGGGAUUCCCUGCGUUUGCAAAUGCUUUUAACUGUCCGGCUGGAAGUCGGUUCAAUCAACCCAAUGGAUGCAAACUGUACACGGACAACAUUGCGCCGAGCCACAAUUUGACUGAUGGUGUAUAA